UAUAAUUUUUUGAUUAGUUUAAAUAUUAUUAGUGCUAAGUUUAUACAGAUAGUACAUAAUCUAAUUCAACUUAACAUUUAUUAAAAUAAGUAUAAAAACAAAGUAAUGUUUAUAAUUAACCUGUUACCUUGGUUAGUUUUAAUAUUGGUAAUAAUAUUGAUUGAAUCAAACAAUCAGGUAAAAUGUAACUAUACUAAUAUCAACAUUACUGGCAAUAACACCAACAAUGGCGGCAAUAACUCCAUUAUCAGCGGCAUUAACAUAAACAAUAGCGGCAAUAACUCAAACAGCAACAAAAUUAAGCUACCUGAUUUACCUCCAAUAUCUCUAAUGACAUCUAAGAUGACUGGUCGCUGGUAUGCAAUUUAUUCAACAAAUAGAAAAAUAUCUAAAUAUUUGGACAUUGAAAACGUAUUCGGCAGUAAUCCAUCCGAAUUAAAACUGACAUUAGGUAAUUAUAAAGACUUACCAAAUAUUGGAUAUACAAUAUUAGAUGAUCUGAAUGGUAUGUAUGUUACCUAUACUGAUGGUGGCCGAAUCUACUAUAAUAUAUUGGACUAUGAUUUUGAACGCUAUCUUGUAAUGAGAUCUGAGAUGAGAAAAAAUGCUCAUCUAAACGUCUUCAGUCGAUUCAAUGACAAAUCAUCAGAAAAUGUUAGACUAUUGAACAAUAUUUACAGAAAACUCGAUCGAUUGGGUCUUAAAUUUAAUUUAAAACAAAUAAAUCAACAAAAACCAAGUAAUCGACGAUUUGGCUAAUGGUUAUCCCAUCAAUAAAUAACUACCGA